GGAUCCGUGGCUUUUAUUCGAUCUGGCGCCAUCUCCACACAUAACAUCCCUCCUUAUUCGCCCUGCCUACGCUCUUUUGUCUCUCUGUGAAGUCUGCAGCCAUGGCUCUGGCUAGCAAGGCGGAGUCGAAGAACAUCUUCGCCAAGCUUAACACCAAACCCGCAAACAAGAUCUGCUUCGACUGCGGCGCAAAGAACCCAACGUGGACGUCGGUCCCCUUUGCUAUCUACCUGUGUUUGGACUGUUCGGCAAAUCACCGUAACUUGGGUGUACACAUUUCCUUUGUGCGAUCAACCAAUUUGGACACAUGGCAAUGGGACCAGCUCCGACUUAUGAAGGUUGGAGGCAAUGAGUCCGCAACCAAAUACUUCCAAUCGCAUGGCGGCUCUGCGGCGCUUGCUAGCAAGGAUCCCAAGACGAAAUAUACGUCCGCGGUAGCAACCAAGUACAAGGAGGAGCUAGCACGACGGGUCGUUGCCGAUAAGAAAUUGUAUCCGAACGAAGUCGUCAUUACCGAUGUCGAGGAAUCGCCAGGCUCAGGAUCUCAGACUCCUGCCGGCGAGGCUCCAGAAGAUGACUUCUUCUCAUCGUGGGACAAGCCGACGAUCAAGAGGCCUAGUAAUCCACCUUCAAGGACGGCCACGCCGCCUGUAGUUAGCCGUACCGCGUCUCCCUUCUUGACCGCCGGCGCGAACGGGAACGGCUCUGCGAGGCCAAAGUCACCUCUUAAUGCUGAUGCGACGUCAGCACGACCCACCACCACUACCACUACGGCUAUCCGUAAGACUGCCUCAACCACCUCUGGGCCCAGAAAACCCAACAUCCUGGGCGCAAAGAAGAAGGGUCUUGGCGCGAAGAAAGUGACAGCAGAUACAGGACUAGAUUUUGAAGAAGCCGAACGCAAAGCUAAAGAGGAGGCCGAAAGAAUAGCUAAGCUAGGCUACAAUCCUGAUGAAGAGACACCUGUUGCGCCGGCUUCAAAGUCGGGCGUUAGCGAGGAGAGUAAGAUCGUUUCACCAACUCCGCUGAGUCCUUCGCGGGCAGGCGGUUUCGGUAGCACAGCCAAGCCUCGUGAGAGGAGCGAUAGCGAGCUGGAGCGAUUGGGAAUGGGAAUCGGACGAUUGGGCUUUGGGCAGACAGCCGGUGCAAAGCCACAACCCAAGAAGAUGGGCUUCGGUGCUGUCUCGCGUGCCGCAACAGAGGAUGACGACACCAACCGCUUCGCGCGCGAUAAGUUCGGCUCCCAGAAGGGCAUCUCCUCGGACGAAUUCUUCGGGCGUGGCAACUUCGACGCCAACGCUCAGGCCGAGGCCAAGUCACGGCUGCAGAAUUUCGACGGCGCCACCUCCAUCUCCUCCAACGCGUACUUUGGCAGGCCCGAGGACGACUUGCCUGCCGAAGACUACGGCGACUUGGAGACCGCCGCUAAAGACUUCGUGCGGAGGUUUGGCCUUACCGCCGGGGAUGACCUGGAGAACCUGACGCAAGUGCUGGGCGAGGGCGCGAGCAGGCUCCAGGGUGCUAUACGGAGUUAUCUGAAUGGGUAGACGAGCAUGUGUAUGGGCCUAGGGCAGAAAGGUAACUGGUCGUUUUGGGCCGGAUUAGGGCGGAUGGCUCUUCCUGACGAAUGCGCUGUCUGAAAUUUGAACGUGUGAACGAUCCAUUUGGCUAUGAAUGCAUGCUUAUAAUCCGGUAGGGGCGAGGAAUGAAGUAGCGGCAGCAUAGAGGCAAACGUUGGUAUCUGAGGCAUUGGGAAAUUUCAAAAAUAUAUACAUAUGCGUUUUUAUCCCCC